AUGUCUAGCGGCAGCUGUUCGGGGCCGGGUGUCUGUGGAGGGGCCCGUCGGCGGCCUCCCCCACCACCCGAGCCGGCGCUGUCCCUGGCCGCAGACCUCAGCGAGCUGAGCCUAGACCAGGGCUACCAUACCCUGGCUGAUUGCGGUCCCCCUAGAAGAAGAAGGGAUAAUAACCUCAAUGAUGCGUUGUGGUUGAAGAUUUUGUCUUAUCUAGAGGUUUCAGACCUAUGCCGAAUGUCCCGCGUGUGUCGACGUUGGGCAAGACUCACUACGCGGCUAAUAACCAGGCCCGAAGCAUGGAAAAGGGUCAGAGCGGCAGGCCCUUUGGAAAUAGCUGCUAGAUGUGCAGGAGCCAGGGCGGGCCCUUGUGUGAGUUCAGUCCGAGAGUGGCGGUCGAAGAACAGUGUGGUGACGGUUGCGAGUGCCCAGUUACUGGUCGCCACAUUUAGGAAUCUAACGCAUUUAGCUGUGACCAGUUCUAGCAGUAUGGAUGCGAGAUCAUUAGCACCUCUUGUCACGGAUUUAACGGACUUGAGACACAUAGAUCUUACAGGUUGUCCAAAUGUAGACUGGCCGGAAUGGGCGUGGUUAGAAACCCGACUGUCAACGAGAAGACCUCCCGUGGAAUAUAUAGACCUGACGGACUGCGGGUCUGUUACGGAUGCUGGUCUUUGUGCCUUACUUCACACCUGCCCUUCACUCCAGUAUUUAUACCUAAGGCGAUGUACUCUAGUCACAGAUGCGGGCGUACGGUGGAUACCAUCGUACUGCGCACUGAAGGAGCUUAGCGUGUCCGACUGUACAGGCGUCACGGAUUUCGGACUGUAUGAGCUGGCGAAGCUAGGCCCAGCACUGCGGUAUCUCUCUGUAGCUAAAUGUACACAGGUAUCAGAUUCCGGUAUUCGAACGUUGGCGAGACGGUGUUACAAACUUCGGUAUCUUAACGCUCGAGGAUGCGGGGCACUAGGAGAUGAUGGAGUAGAAGCUAUCGCUAGAGGAUGUUCCAGGCUAAGAGCUUUGGACCUUGGUGCUACGGAUGUAUCUGAAGCUGGAUUACAGAUCCUAGCUCGAUGCUGUCCAAACCUCAAAAAGCUGGCACUUAGAGGUUGCGAGCUCGUCGGUGACGAUGGCCUGGAAGCCGUGGCGUAUUACUGCCGAGGUCUUACCCAGCUUAAUAUUCAAGAUACACCAGUCACGUUACGAGGAUACAGAGCCGUCAAGAAAUAUUGUAAACGAUGUGUCAUAGAACAUACUAAUCCCGGAUUCUGUUGA